CUUAAAAGAUGAGAUCACGUCUGAGAAACUGUUUGGGGUGAAAUUAUGGAUUACAGCAGGGCCACAAGAGAAGUUCAGUGCUGAUGAGUUUUCAGUUCUGAAGAAAUUCCUGGAGGAUGGAGGAGCCAUCCUGGUGAUGCUCAGGGAAGGUGGAGAGUCCAGGAAUGGCACCAACAUUAACUUUUUGUUAGAAGAAUAUGGGAUCAUUUUCAAUAAUGAUGCUGUAGUGAGAAAUGUAUAUUACAAGUACUACCACCCAAAAGAGGCACUGAUCUCUGAUGGAGUUCUGAAUAGGGGAAUCUGUGAAGCUGUAAGAAAAACAGUGCUGGAGACAACAGAUGAUGAUGGAAGUGGACAUGAGUCACAAGCUCUCACUUUUGUGUAUCCCUUUGGAGCCACCCUGAAUGUGAUGAAACCAGCAGUGGCAAUUCUGUCCACAGGAUCUGUUUGCUUCCCCCUCAACAGGCCUAUUCUGGCUUUCUACCAGCAUGAGAGUCAAGGUGGAAAGAUGGCAGCACUGGGAUCUUCCCACAUGUUCAGUGAUCAAUAUUUAGAUAAAGAAGAAAAUGGUAAGAUCAUGGAUGUGCUUUUCCAGUGGCUCACAACGUCAGACGUCCACUUACACCAGAUGGAUAUGGAGGACCCUGAGAUUUCAGACUAUACUGUGCUCCCAGACACAGCUGCACUGUCUGAGCAGCUGCGAGUAUGCCUGCAAGAAGGGGAUGAGAACCCAAGAGACUUCACCAAGCUGUUUGAUACAUCCCUUUAUCAGCUGGACAGAACUGCCCUCCCUGCAGUUAUCAAAGCUUAUGAAGAACUGAAUGUGAAACAUGAACCCCUCCAACUCAUUCAGCCUCAAUUUGAGACUCCACUACCUGUCCUCCAGCCAGCUGUUUUCCCACCUGUUUUCAGAGAAUUGCCUCCUCCCCCUCUGGAGCUGUUUGACUUGGAUGAAACCUUUUCCUCUGAGAAAGCUCGUCUUGCAGAGAUCACAAACAAAUGUACUGAUGAUGACCUGGAGUUUUAUGUCCGGAAAUGUGGUGAUAUCCUAGGAGUGACAAGUAAACUCCCAAAGGAGAAGCAAGAUGCCAAAUAUAUCCUGGAGUACAUCUUCUUCCAAGUGGUUGAAUUUAAGAAACUCAAUCAG